AUGGAGGAUUACAAAAUCUCCAGCAAACCCGUUGCGAACAAGGAUUCAAUCGUAUCCGGGCCUCAAUGGCGCUUCACGCUGAUCAACGAUCUCGUUCUUCGCUAUGAAUGGGCUGAAGAUGGUGUCUUUGAAGAUCGCCCAUCAACAUUCGCUCUCAACCGCGAAUUCCCUACGCCAAAAUUCACAGUCUCCGAUACAAACGAUCAGCUUGAAAUUAGAGCGGAUUCUUUCCACGUUACUUACAACAAGAAACGUUUCGAUCGCUAUGGCCUUGUCGUUAGCUUUACCAACAAAAACACCCUCUGGGGUGCUGACUGGCGAUAUGGAGAGACGCCUCAGAAUCUUGGAGGUACAGCGAGAACGCUGGAUGAGGUCAAUGGGCGUUGUGAGCUCGAACCUGGUAUCCUUUCCAGGGCUGGAUACUCGGUCCUUGACGAUAGCGAGUCUAUGCUUUUCGACCCGUCUUCUGGGUUUGCGGCGCCGAGACGAGAGGGUGAUCGCAUUGAUGGAUAUCUCUUCUCCUAUGGGUACGACUACAAGGCUGCUAUGAAAGCCUUCUUCGCCAUUUCUGGCAAACAACCUGCUCUUCCGCGCUGGGCUUUGGGCAACUGGUGGAGUCGAUACUAUCCUUACACUGACGAGGAGUAUUUGAAGCUCAUGGAUAAGUUUGAGGCCGAGAAUGUCCCGUUGUCUGUUGCGGUCAUUGAUAUGGACUGGCAUCAAGUGCACGGUGAUCAUAUUCCUCACGCUGGCUGGACGGGAUAUACGUGGAACAAAGAGCUCUUCAAGGAUCCAAAGGCUUUUACAAAGGCGUUGCAUGAUAAGAAGCUCAAGGUGACACUGAAUGACCAUCCGCACGGUGGUGUUCAUCACCACGAGGAUCAGUAUGAGGAUAUGGCCAAGGACUUGGGUCAUGAUACUUCUGCCAAGGCGCCGAUUCUUUUCAACCCCGUCGAUCCAAAGUUCAUGCACUCGUACCUCAACACGCUUCAUCGUAGCCUUGAGAACGAUGGAUGUGAUUUUUGGUGGAUUGACUGGCAACAAGGUCCGUACAGCCGUGUACGUGGUCUCGAUCCCCUAUGGCUUCUUAACCACUAUCAUUUCCUGGAUCACCAGAAGCAAAACGGAGUCGAUAAAGCCAUCAUCUUCUCUCGCUUCGGAGGACCAGGUAGUCAUCGCUACCCUGUCGGUUUCUCGGGCGAUAGCAUCAUGACAUGGGAGUCUCUCGAGUUCCAGCCCGAGUUCACAGCUACUGCAUCCAACAUUGGUUACGGAUGGUGGAGUCAUGACAUCGGUGGUCAUAUGGGAGGUUACCGUGAUGAUGAGCUUGCUACUCGCUGGGUGCAGUAUGGUGUUUUCUCGCCUAUUAUGCGGCUUCACUCGCAGAUGGGUUUGUUCACAUCUAAAGAGCCCUGGUUGUACCGUCCUGAGUUCGCAGAGGUUAUGAAAACCUUCCUUCGGUUCCGUCAUCGCCUGGUUCCUUAUCUCUACGUUGCGAAUCUGGACUCUACGCAUCAUGAUGAGCCAGUCGUACAGCCUCUGUACUGGAAGUAUCCAGAGAGGGAUGAAGCUUAUGGCAAGCCGAACCAGUAUCACUUUGGGUCGCAGCUCGUGGUUGCGCCAAUCGUGAAGCCACGCGAUAAGAGGACGAACCAUGGCGCGGUCGAUGUAUGGGUACCUCCUGGUCGCCAUGUUGACGUACUCAGCGGAAUCAUUUACGAUGGAGAUCGCGAUGUCAAGAUGUUCAGAAACAUCAAGGGUUUACCCGUUCUUGCUCGCGAGGGUGCUAUCGUUCCUCUUGAUGCCAACCUCUCUCCCAAGAAUGGAGGCGACAAUCCUGAGCACCUAGAGGUUCUCGUCGUGGUUGGUAAGAACGGUCAGUUCACUCUCGUCGAUGAGAGUUCCGAUAAGCAAGAAACAGAUACCAGCAGUGGCUGGAAGUUUGAGUACGGCCAAGACAAGGGCGAACUUAAGUUCAAUCCAGAGGGCAAAAAAUGGACGAUCAAGUUCGUCUCCAUCGCCGAAAUUCCCAAGAAGUUCGAAGCUUUCAAGCGCAACGAAUUCAACGACAGCUCUCUCGACGUCAAGACAAGAAUCGACGAGUAUCCCAACAUCCCUGGUCUUGUAGUCGAGUUCCCGUCUCUCCCGUCUGGGUCAGGAGAUGUGGUCAUCAGCCUGGGCGACAACCCACAGCUGAGUGUACUUGACCCAUUGAAGCGCAUUCAAGAUCUUAUUCUGGAUUAUCAGAUGGAUAUGUGGACCAAGGAGAAGCUCUGGGGAGUUGUCAAGGCUGCUCAGCCCACGGCGGUGAAGGUCGGACGGUUGAUGAGUUUGGGCUUGGAUGAGGAAUUGCUUGGACCUGUGAUGGAGCUACUUAUGGCUGAUAGUCGAUAUCAGACAACUUCUGAUUGA